UUGCAAAAGUGUCUUUGCUCAUUUUCAAGAGAGUUUCUGCAUAGAAAAAAUUAAAUGAAAUUGAUAUUAUUCUUUUGAAAAUUGGUCUUUUAAAGUCGUUUACUGAAAAAGAUAAUUGAAUGUAGAAAAAUACUCGGAAAGGUACUUUUAGCAAAUUUAAAAGUGCUUUUAUGGUAAAAAAUGUUGCAACAGCGUCAUUCUGAUUAAAAAAAAAUGUAGUGUCACAUUCAGAAUCACCAAAAAUUAGUGAAACAAGUUGAUGAAAAAAAUAAAUUAAUAGAAAUUCGCAAUUUUCAUUAAACUGCAAUCAGUGUUUAAUUUAGGAAUAAAUUACAUACAAAUUUUGCAAGAGCGACCAAAGUGUAAGGGUGUGGAUGUUAGAUUCAAAAUUCAGUACAAUUACUAAGCGAUUGAUCUCGCUUUAAUUAAUGACGAUACCACAAUUAUCUGGUGCGUGAAUAUUGCCGAGUGCGAAGGUGAGAAAUAAAUGUGGAUUGGGCACGGUCCUGUUGAUGGAAGAAUCGGUGGGUAAAAUGUGCUGGCCACAUGAUGGAUUGGAAUGCCAAAUAUCUGUCAAGGAGGAAUUACCGCGUGAGAUGAAAAUGCGAGACUGGAAUGAGGAAAAUAGUGUUAUAGUGGUUCUUCUACAUUAAAACACCGAUGAUCGUCAAUCAACACCUUUGGAGUUCCUAUAACAUCAUUUUCUCGCUUCUGGAUCUAUCAACCAAUUUGUUUUUCUUCCUCGUGCAACCAUGAAAAUGAAUCAAUUGAAUUCAGUGCGGAAUCUUGUGGCAUUUGCGUUAGUCAGUUAUUUGGUAUCACACACCGUCGUCACCGCAGCCAAAUGCAAUCUCAAUCCCUUCUACAAGCCAAUUUGUGGUUCUGAUGGAAAGACCUAUGGUAACAUUGACAUGCUCAACUGUAUCAACAUACAUCGACCAUUUCAUAGAAGAAUUCACGUGGUGAGAAAAGGAGAAUGUGCAGCACUUCUUUGUCCCAGUUAUGAAGAUUUGCAAGGCCCUUGGACUAGCGAUACAAUUGUAUGUGCCAACAAUGGUUACAGCUAUGGGCAUCCCCAUCAAGUGAGGUGUCUCAAGGCAUUCAUACCAACUAUAAAUAUCGUCCACGAGGGUGGAUGUACAAUUCGUGAGGUGAGAAAAUCACUCCACAGACAGUUCCGGAUGAAGGCAUGCAAAUUGCCAAGGCGACGAUUUGAGAAGAAUGUUGUCUGUGGUCACAACAAUAAAACUUAUGAUAACCCCUUCGAAGCGCUCUGCACCAAACCAAGGAUUCACGAGAAAUUGGGUGGCAAGUGUUUCUGUCCCUUCCAGAUGAGCUGUGAAUUUGCCACUUUAAUCAAUCGUUCCUUCUUCAAUGCAACAAGAGCUGAGAAGGAGCGGUAUAUCGUUUGUGGAAGCGACCGGAGGACAUAUCGUUCCCAUCACCAUUUGGAGUGUUCCCGUCGUCUCGAUCGAUAUUUGUACAGAGUGAGCAAUGGAGCGUGUAAGGAAGACAAAGAUCCUUGUCCUCAGUGGCUGAAAUUUAUCAAAACACCUACUCCAGUUUGUGGAUCGGAUAAACGGUCGUACGUUUCAUAUGAAGCUCUUCUGUGUGCAGCAGCACGGCUUCGCAGAAAUCUGAUUUACGUCCACUCUGGGCCGUGUAUUGAAUAGACACAAUGUACCAGGCGACUCCAUCGAGAGUUCAUGAAAAGUUUGUAUGAUCGCCGUCGUACGAAACGAUUAAACAUGUGUUUACUUCGCCAUCGAACUAAUUUAAUUGAAUAAUUUAACUUUGAUCACAUAACGAUGCAAGAGGAGAAUUUGGUAUUAAGACAAUAUCUCACUUCUUCACUUCGUGGACAAAAUGUUAGAAUAAUCUGUGAUAAAUUGGAAUUUCUUGUUAAAGAUUCUCGUGGAAUAAAUGUGUAACAAUAAAUUUCCAUGAUAUAUAGUGAGUUUUGGAAUAGGGAUAUUAGAGCUCCAAAAAAAAUUGUGACAUCCCCCUUGUGUCAUUUAUUCAUUCUGUGUGUUCUUGUAUAAAUUUAAGUCAUAUCAAUAAUAAAAAUUAUUGUUCUUUUCUUUUUAUUGUC